AUGAGGCCCUCGAGAGGGCGAGAUGCCACUGGCCGAAAACGGCGCCGCGCGCCUGCGAACGAGGCCGAUGCCUCGAACCUUCAUCCGCCGAGAAGAGAGGAGAUUGCGGACGCCGACGACGUGGACCACUCCUCCGGUGACGAGGCCGAUGACGAGGAGGGAGAAGACCUCUAUGGGGACAACUUCAUGCGAGACUACCUCGAGCCAGAUGAGGAGAGUGAGGUGCCCGAGGAUGAGGUCGGCGAAGACGACGACUGGAUUGCAGACGACGACAGCUCCGUUUCCGAGAUCUCCGAGGGGGGCCGUAUCGCCGUGGAUGAGCUGCUCGAGCGGCGCCGGGAGAAAGAGGCGGCGCUGGCUGAGGAGCGGCGCCAGCUGCAAGAAGGCAUCUUCAGCGACGUGGACGAGGACGAUGAGGACGAUGAUGAUGAUGCGUCGUGGGCCUCCGGAGGUGAGGGCGGUAUGGCACGGAGCGGCGGCACCGCAGCUGGCGAUCAAGGCCGCGGCCUCGAUGACAGAGAGGACGCGGGCUACGGAGACCCCAACGACGACGCCUACGUGCGUGGUGACCUGGAGGCGAUGAGCUUCAACUGGCGGCAGCCGCAAGGGGAGUUGGUAGAGUGGCUUGCACAGGAGCUACCUCGUCGCGUGAUUAAGAACCGCAUCUACAACUUCUACUUUAACUACAUCGUAAACGACGUCAGCGUCUACGAAGAGAAAGUGAAUGCAAUGGCGCGCGAAAAUGACAUGAGUUUCCAGCUGAGCUACGAUCAUCUGAGCCGCGUGUACGAUAGCGUUCUCGCGCUGUGGCUGGUGGACGCACCAGAUCCGAUGAUCGAGCUGCUGGAGGAGGCUGCUAACUACUUCACCUUCAAGCUGUACCCGCAGUAUCGCAAGGUGCACUCGCACAUCUUUAUUCGCAUUUGUGACCUGCCCUUGUGCGAUCCGAUCCGAGACUUUCGCCAGGUGCACAUGAAUGUGCUAGUACGGGUGGAGGGAGUGGUGAUCCGCCGCUCGCCGGUGUAUCCGCAGAUGGACGCCGUUAAGUACGACUGCGUGCGGUGCACAUACAUAAUCGGGCCCAUCUACCAGCGCGGCGAGAAGGAACAGCGCGUGAGCAUGUGCCCCAGUUGUCAUAGCAAAGGGCCGUUCCGCGUGAACAUGCGCCUGACGGAGUACCGAAAUCAUCAGACCAUAAUUCUGCAGGAGUCUCCUGGUAAGGUACCGCCUGGGCGGUUGCCACGCAGCUUGGAGGUGGUUCUAACGAACGAUCUCAUUGAUCGCGCGAAACCUGGCGAGGAGGUGGAUGUGACGGGGAUUUACCGCAACAACUUUGAUCCGUUGCUCAACAGCCGCCAAGGCUUUCCCGUCUUUACGACCGUUCUGCACGCGAACAAUGUCAUUCGACGCACGACGGAGCUGGGUGUGUUUCUGCUGCCCGAUGAUGAACGGCAGCGCAUUAUCGAGCUCAGCAAGUCGCCCAAUAUCCGAAGGAAGCUUUUGCAGUCAAUCGCACCGAGCAUCCACGGCCGCGACGACAUUAAGCUCGGGCUCCUACUCGCCAUGAUGGGCGCCGUGCCGAAGGACAUCGGUGGCGAUCAGUCGCAUCGCAUUCGGGGCGACAUCAACGUUCUGAUGGUUGGCGAUCCUGGCUGCGCAAAGUCGCAGUUUCUCAAGUUCGUUGAGAAGACGGCCAACCGCACCGUCUUCACGACUGGCCGCGGUUCGACCGCUGUGGGCCUGACAGCAUCGGUGCACAAGGACAGCGUCAACGGCGACUUCGUGCUCGAGGGUGGCGCCCUCGUUAUAGCGGACCGCGGCUGCUGUCUCAUUGACGAGUUCGACAAAAUGUCCGACCAAGAUCGAACGUCCAUCCAUGAGGCGAUGGAGCAGCAGACCAUCUCGGUGGCGCGUGGCGGCAUUGUGACGACGCUGUCGGCGCGCUGCUGCAUCAUUGCGGCGGCGAAUCCAAUGGGCGGCCGUUACGACCCCUCUACCUCGUUUGACGCCAAUGUGAAUCUCACCACGCCAAUCCUCUCCCGCUUCGACUUGCUGUUUGUGGUGCGGGAUGAGGUGAAUGUGGAGUUGGACGAGCGGCUUGCCGCGUUUAUCUGCGACUCGCACAUGCGCAACCAUCCGCAGACGCAUGAGGAGACGCGCCUGCUGGAGCGUGACCGGCACAGAGAGUUCUCGAGGUUGCGCUACGCGCUGGAGAACGCGUCAACAGAGGGCGAGCGCCAGGAGUACGAGGAGCAGCUGCGGCACCUGCGCGAGAGCGUCGCGGAUACUUCCCGCUUCGAGGACGACGACCCGGACAGCGAUAAGCCGCUCCCGCAAGCCUUACUGCGCAAGUACAUCCUGUUGGCGAAGAGCCACUGCUUUCCCCGCAUCUCCAAUAUCGACCCCGACACCAUUGCGCGUCUGUAUGUCGAGCUGCGGCAGGAGUCGAAGCAUGGCGGCAUCGCCAUUACGGUGCGGCACAUGGAAUCCGUCAUUCGCCUCUCUGAGGCGCACGCGCGGAUGCACCUUCGGGAAUUUGUGACCGAAGAGGAUGUCACCGCAGCCGUCUCGCUAUUUCUCCGCUGCUUCAUUCAGACACAAAAGUACAGCCUGCGCAGCGCGAUGGAGGCACGCUUCCGCAAGUUCCUCGAGUCCGACACGGAAAGUCUACCGCUCAUUCGUCACCGCAUCAAAGUGGCGGUGCAGACGGUGCGCCAGUUCGAGCGCCAGCUGUCUGGUGGGGUGGAGCCGACCCAAGUGCGUAUAGACCUAUCGGAACUGGACUACUACACAGCAAAUAUUUCCCAGGAGACGCUGAACGCCUUCUACGAGAGCGCAGAAUUCAGGAAGGAGUACCGGCUGAUUCGCGACCCCGUGACACACGCGCCUCUGCAGAUUGAGCACUCGCUGGUGUGA